UUCAAAUGCAAAAAGGAGUACGGAUACUCCAUAUGGCCUCAGGAAUCAGGGGAUGACUUGUUACCUCAACAGUGUCCUACAGCUGCUUUUCCUGACCCCAAAUUUUCACAACAGAUUUUUAAACUUGUCCUUGGAAUUCAGUAUAAUUCUAGCCUGGAUUAUUUCAUUGUAUGGGAAUAAACUUGGUUAUCGCAAUGGAGACAAGUUAAUGGUCAGAUCUAUGGAGAAGCAUGACUGCACAUAGUAAGAACUCAUGUUUUUCAAGAUUGUGCUCAGACAUGAAAACAGACCGGGAAUUAAAAAGGCUCUUUGAAAAUCUGAAGGAGGGUCCAUGUGGAACAGAGAAAAUUACAGAGCACUUUGAGAUUCAUGAUGUCCAUAGACAGCGUGAUGCUGCUGAAUACUUGGAGUUCAUCUUAAAUCGACUCAGUCCACAGGCAUCUGAGAUCUUUCGCGGAAAUAUGUCCUACUCAACAAAGUGCCCCAAAGGCCACAUUAUCAAUGAAGAGACAAACCCUUUCUGGACUCUUCCUUUACCCUUGACCAAAGACCAAAACAAUGAAGUCUACUGUGUGGAGAGUGGACUUGAAAGGUUAUUCCAGUCUAAAAUGUUGAAACCGUACUGCAAUGACUGUGGUGAGAAUACAGUGGCAGAAUAUAAAUGUGGAGUGAAGGACCUUCCUCAGGUUUUGGUUCUCCUUCUGAAAAGAUUUGUGCUUGAUUACAGCACUGGGUCACACGUCAAAUCCAACUGCCCAGUCGACAUACCCACUUCAUUGCACAUAAAGGGAAUAAAGUACGACCUCUAUGGCAUAGUGCACCACUGGGGUAGUCUUAGAAGUGGUCACUACACAGCAACUAUCCGGUCCAGUGAAACAUGGUACGAGUUCAAUGAUCAUUUGGUCCAAGAAGCUGAGGAGCAACCAUCUGAACACCACAGAGCAAAACCAUCUGAUAGUGCAUAUCUACUUGCAUAUAAAGUUUCAGCAACAGCAACAGCAAUAGAGAUUCUACCAGACCCAAUGCCCCCACCACGCCCAACUUUUAACCGAAGAAAUGUAUUUCUGAUUGUCCUUGGUGCAUUCAUUUUGUUGAUAAUAUUAGUACUAAGUUUAAGCCUGGGUUUAACACAGAAAUAAAGGGAAUGGACAACUGG